AUCAAUGGCAUCUCCUGUGACUGUGAGACUGGCCUUGAUCCAUUUCUCACUGACGUCUCUUCUAUACCAAAAUGUUCUAAUUGUAAAGGUCUCUGCCUCCUCCACCUCCUCCCCAUUUAAACGUAUUCACUAUUGAAGUGACAACUCGAUCUGAAGCUUCCUGCUUCAUACCCUUCGGUAUAUAUGUUGUUUCCUUUGUUGAUUCUCAGACGUCUCUGAAAGAAUCAUUAAGCAUUGGGAAGUUCAACGAUGGCAGAUCUUGAGAGCGAAGUUCAUGGCAGCCAAAGUGACGAAUUUACUCGUAAAAGACGAGGCUUUAGAGCAAAUGGUGUCCACUUCGCCGACCCAGUUGUAAACAAUGUGCUUGAUGGGCAAUCCAUUUUGGGGAAUUCUUUAACGCCCCCUGAUUUGGUCAUUUGUGCUGCUUCACCAGAUAUUACCAGUGACAGCUAUGUGGAGUCCCCUGAGUUGUUGGAGAACAAAAUUCAUCAGAAAGUGGCUAUGGAGCUUUCUUUGGAGAAUGGAAUCAAUGAAUCUGUUUCUGGGAUUGCUAAUAACCAGAAGACCCCGACUGUUAAAUUUUCUAAUUUUUGUCAAACUUUUAAAGAACUAUCUCCUGAAGCCUCUUUUGAGCUUCCUCCUCCCCCUAUAAUACAGUAUGAGCCAUCACAAGUGGACCCUUCUGGAGAAAAUGAGUUGUUAGAAGAUAUUGAAGGGUCCCAACAAGUUGAAUUAGAGCCUUCAAAUGAUGCUGGAGAUUUUGAGUUUCUGAAGCUGAAAAGAGAGUUUGAUAGGCAGAAAAAGGAUCUGGCUGAAACAAGAAGGGUUUUGAAGGAGCUGAAGAGAGAGAAUCAACAGAAGGAUAGGGAAUGCCAAGAAGCUUGGAAGUCCUUCAACGAGCUUCAAAACGAGCUCAUGCGCAAGUCCAUGCAUGUUGGAUCUUUGGCUUUUGCUGUUGAGGGGCAAGUGAAGGAGAAAGGCAGGUGGUUUUCAGCACUGAAAGACUUGAUUGAAAAAGUCAAGGUUAUGAAAGUGGAGUACCUCAAGCUUUCAGAGGAAAUAGAAACAUAUAAGAAGUAUCUUGCAGAUAUGAGUGAAGUGGAGCUAAUUAUCAUGUCCAAGAUAAAUGGGCAACAGGAGUCACAUGAAGACCUCAAGUCUAAAUACCUUGAAGGGGCUAAGCAGCAAAAAGAACUUUAUAAUAAGGUUUUGGAGUUGAGAGGAAACAUCAGAGUCUUUUGCCGCUGUAGGCCUCUAAAUGCGAAGGAGAUAACAGCAGGACUUACUAUGGCCGUAGGUUUUGAAUCUGCUAAAGAUGGUGAGCUUACUGUAAUGUCAAAUGGGACUCCUAGAAAGACAUAUAAGUUUGAUUCUGUUUUUGGACCCCAAGCUGAUCAAGCUGACAUUUUUGAAGAGAUGGCACCAUUUGCAACAUCAGUUCUAGACGGGUUCAAUGUGUGCAUAUUUGCCUAUGGUCAGACUGGGACAGGAAAAACCUUCACAAUGGAGGGUACAAAAGAGGCUCCUGGUGUUAAUUUCAGGACCCUGGAGAAAAUGUUCAACAUAAUCAAGGCGAGACAGAAACUCUAUCACUAUGAAGUCUCUGUAAGUGUCUUAGAAGUGUACAAUGAGCAAAUUAGAGAUUUGCUGGGGUCAGGAAAUCAGCCAGGAACAUCUAACAAAAGGCUUGAAAUAAGGCAAGCAGGUGAAGGAGUGAACCACGUGCCAGGGUUGGUUGAGGCACAUGUCAACAAUAUGACUGAAGUUUGGGAUGUCCUGCAAUCUGGUAGUAAUGCAAGAGCUGUUAGCUCAACCGCAUCCAAUGAGCAUAGCAGCCGUUCCCACUGCAUUCACUGCGUCAUGGUCAAGGGGGAAAAUCUGCUAAAUGGUGAAUGCACAAGAAGCAAGCUAUGGUUAGUAGACCUUGCAGGAAGUGAGCGAGUGGCGAAGACAGAAGUGCAAGGUGAACGGCUAAAGGAGACUCAAAAUAUUAACAGGUCUCUCUCUGCAUUAGGCGAUGUUAUAUCAGCCCUUGCAACAAAAAGCCAGCAUAUCCCUUUCAGAAAUUCCAAGCUCACGCACCUGCUGCAAGACUCUUUAGGAGGAGAUUCCAAGACACUCAUGUUUGUACAGAUCAGCCCAAAUGAAAAUGAUUUGAGUGAGACAAUUUGCUCUCUGAACUUUGCCAGCAGAGUGAGAGGAAUAGAGUUGGGCCCAGCAAAGAGGCAAUUGGACACUAUUGAACUCCUGAAAUAUAAACUCAUGGCUGAGAAAACAAAACAAGAGGUCAAGAUGAAGGAUUUGCAAAUCAAGAAGAUGGAGGAAACAAUUCAUGGAUUAGAAUCAAAGAUAAAAGAAAGAGAUGCUAGAACCAAACUUGUGCAAGAUAAGAUCAAGGAACUGGAAUCGCAACUUCUGAUUGAGAGAAAAGCAGCAGCAAGUCAACAACAUGUUGAUACAGAGAAAGCUGAGAAGCACCAAGAGCAAAAUAAAUCACCUUUGAGGCCAGCUCUCACAAAUCAACCAGGAGGAAGUAAGAAGAAUUUUAACGAUGACCAAGCAAAUUUAACUCGACCAAUUACGGAGAAUAACAGUUUAAAACCCUCACUUCCCUUUUCUACAAUUGACAACACUAUCAUGAACGUUGAUAUCUAUGCUGAGAAAGAAAACAUCCUAGAGAUGGCUGAAAAACCCUUACUGCCAAAAAGAACUGGUAGAGUUUCUAUCUGCACUAUGACGCCAAGUAUUCCUUCAGCCAAUACCCUUAGGAGAAACUCUUUGAUUCCACUCCCAAGUGCAGCCCAUCAACUGACACAAAAUCGAGCUGAUCAGAAAGAAGUCAAUAGUGAAUCAGAAAGCAACGGCUUGCCAUUACAGAGCCAUUGUGAGAGUCCAAAAGAAAUCAGAGGUGAAGGUAGGAAGAAAGGAAGCAAGCUAAGAAGAAGCCUGCUGAAGAAAAAUCAGGAAAAGUCUCAAACACAGCAAAACAUAAGAAAGGUUGGGGUUAGUGUAGGGAUGGAGAAAGUUAGAGUGUCCGUGGGAAGUCGAGGGAAAAUGGGAAAGGGAAGAGCUGGAACUAAAGAAAGACAGCAACAAAAGAAUAGUCAAAAGGAAAAGGAAAGGAGAUGGAAUGUUGGAACUUUGGUGAAAACGAUUAUCUGAAAAAGAGUUGUAAAUGCCCACUUAGGUUUUUUUCACCACAUUGAUUUCAUAACUUCUUGUAUGUGUUGAUUCUUUGGAUGAUUCUAUCAUCCGUUUGAUUGUUUGCAUAGGACUUGAGAUGCACCGAAUUUUUGCUGAUUUGCCGGAAACAAGGUUAUCUUUGGGGAGUGGAUACGUUAAUUUCCCAAACAGCUGAGCUGAACGUUAAGCAUGAUAAAG